UGUACACAAACAAUUUGAGGGGUGGAACUACUCAUGCUUGCAGGGGUGUGGUCUUCUCACUUCCAUUAACUAAGAUAGCUUAAUGGGAUAUAGAAUAAGCUUAAUUGAAGCAAUUGGACCCUCCCAUAUGCAUAUGAUUUGUUUGAUUGUGCCACCAACUAGAAAAAGUAAUAACAAACUAACUAAAAGUUCUUUUGAUUGAAAGUAGUAAUGUGUAUCUAUAUCAAUUAACAAAGGAUUUUGUAUAAGAUUUUGAAGAAAACGAUAUGAAAAGUUUUGACUUUUUAAACUUUGCUUCCAAUUUUUAAUAGUGUUUAAAUGCUGGUUCCACCCCAUGACUUAUUCCUUAUAUGUAGGUAGAAUCUGAGUGCAUUAGCAAACACAGUAGGAAGAGGUGAAGCAGCAGAGCCCCUUGGAAGUUGGAAUGGAUUUGGCUGCAGAGAUAGGAAGAAGUGUGAAGACUUCUUUUCAUCAGCAUGCAUCAAGUUUCAGGAGCACUUCAGAUGUCAGGUCCAUGAAAGAGAAUGAUGACGAUGAAGUUGAGCUGCAGUGGGCUGCCAUUGAAAGAUUGCCCACAUUUGAACGUAUUCGAACUUCACUCAUGGAUUGUAACAAGGAGGACGAUGAUCAUGAAGGUAAGAGUAAGAGGGUAGUUGAUGUUACAAAGCUAGAAGCCCUGGAACGUCAUGUGUUCAUUGAUAAUCUUCUCAAGGAAAUAGAAGGAGAUAAUCAACGCCUCUUACAGAAACUCAAAGAAAGAAUAGAAAGAGUGGGACUGCAAUUGCCAACUGUGGAAGUACGAUACCAAAAUUUGUUUGUAGAAGCAGAAUGUGAAGUAGUUCAAGGAAAGCCCCUUCCAACACUAUGGAACACGCUCAAAAGCUCUCUCUCUAUAAUUGGAUGCAAGUCUGAAGCAUACAAUCUAAAAAUUCUCAAAGAUGUCAGCGGUAUCAUCAAGCCUUCAAGGAUGACUCUUUUACUUGGUCCUCCAGGCUGUGGAAAAACAACCUUAUUACAGGCACUUGCAAGAAAACAUAACCAAUCUCUCAAGGUUCAAGGAGAAAUAAACUACAAUGGUUAUAAGCUCAAUGAGUUUGUUCCUCAGAAGACAUCAGCUUACAUAAGUCAAUAUGACUUGCAUAUUUCUGAGAUGACUGUGAGGGAAGCACUGGAUUUCUCAUCUCGUUGCCAGGGCAUUGGAAGCAGAGCUGAUAUUAUGAAAGAAGUUGCUCGAAGGGAGAAGCAAGCUGGUAUAGUCCCGGAACCAGACAUUGACACUUAUAUGAAGGCCAUUUCAAUUGAAGGGUUGAAAAAAUCUCUAAUGACAGACUAUAUAAUAAAGAUCCUUGGGCUGGACAUUUGUGCUGAUACAAUCGCAGGGGACGCAAUGCAAAGAGGAAUUUCUGGUGGUCAAAAGAAAAGGCUUACAACAGGUGAGAUGAUGAUUGGCCCAGCAAGAGCUUUCUUUAUGGAUGAGAUAUCAACAGGCCUAGACAGCUCCACUACAUAUCAAAUUGUAACUUGUCUGCAGCAAUUGACUCAUGUAACAGAAUCCACCAUUUUGGUUUCACUUCUUCAGCCAACUCCGGAGACUUUUCAUCUGUUUGAUGACAUUAUCUUGAUGGCUGAAGGAAAAGUUGUAUACCAUGGGCCAAGGGACAAUGUUGUGGAGUUCUUUCAGAAAUGCGGUUUUUGUAGCCCACCACGAAAAGGCAUUUCUGACUUCCUCCAAGAGGUGGUUUCUCAAAAGGAUCAAGCAAAGUACUGGUACCAUAAAGACCAACCCUACAGUUAUGUUAGUAUUGAUAAGUUCGUAAAUAUGUUUAAGGACUUCCAUGUCGGAAAGAAGCUUGAAGAGGAGCUUUGCAAGCCUUUUGAUCAAUCUGUGUGCCAUAAACAUGCUUUGUCAUUCAACAUUUACUCACUGAGAAAAUGGGAACUAUUCAAAGCAUGCCUUUCUAGAGAAUGGCUUCUCAUGAAGAGAAACUCAUUUAUUCAUGUAUUCAAAUCAGCACAGCUUGUGGUCAUUGCACUAGUAACAAUGACAAUGUUUCUACGUACAUGGAUGAAAGUCGACGAAAUCCAUGCAAAGUACUACAUGGGUUCUUUGUUUUAUGCUCUACUUAGACUGCUAUGCAAUGGAACUGCAGAGAUAUCAAUGACUGCCUCUAGACUAGCAGUCUUCUAUAAGCAAAGAGAUAUCUACUUCUACCCAGCAUGGGCUUAUUCUAUUCCGGCUGCCAUCCUGAAAAUUCCAUUUUCAUUGCUAGAUGCAUUUCUUUGGACAGCCCUUACUUAUUAUGUGAUUGGUUACAGUCCUGAACCUGAAAGGUUCUUCAGGCAAUUUGUUCUUCUGUUCCUCGUGCAUCAAGUAGCAAUAUCACUAUUUCGUUUGAUUGCAUCCUUGGUCCGAAAUCCUUCUGUUGCAGGAUCUGUCAGUCUUUUAUCUUUAAUAGUAAUGUUUCUAUUUGGAGGCUUCAUAAUUCCCAAAUCUUCUCUACCUCCUUGGUUGGAAUGGGGAUUUUGGGUUUCUCCGUUGGCAUUUGCAGAAAUAGGUGCUUCAAUAAAUGAAUUUCAUGCUCCAAGGUGGCAAAAGGUUUUAUCUUCCAAUGUUACUAUAGGCCAGCAAGCUUUAAUUAACCGGGGUCUAAACUUCAGUGAAUACUUCUAUUGGAUAUCAAUAGGAGCUUUAUUUGGAUUUUGGAUGGUUUUCAACCUUGGGUUCACAUGCGUACUCAGUUAUUCAAAGGGCAUGGUGUUGCCGUUUGAGCCCAUAACUAUAUCAUUUGAGAAAGUGAAAUACUAUAUUGAUACACCCCAGAAACUGAGAGGGCAAGGUUUCCCACCAAAUCGACUACAGCUUCUUCAAGACAUAACUGGUGCAUUUAGACCUGGAAUUCUCACAGCUUUGAUGGGAGUUAGUGGAGCCGGAAAAACGACACUGAUGGAUGUUCUUUCUGGAAGAAAAACUGGUGGAAUUAUUGAAGGAGACAUUAGAAUUGGAGGGUACCCAAAAGUUCAAGAAACAUAUGCAAGAAUAUCUGGGUAUUGCGAGCAAAGUGACAUACAUUCUCCACAGCUUACAGUAGAAGAGUCAGUAGCGUACUCAGCUUGGUUACGCUUGUCAUCCCAGAUUGACAGAAAUACUAGAGCUGAGUUUGUGAAAGAAGUACUUCAAAUGAUAGAGCUUGAUGAAAUCAAAGACGAGUUAGUUGGCAUACCAGGUGGUAGUGGUAUAUCAACUGAACAGCGUAAAAGGCUAACAAUUGCAGUGGAGCUUGUUUCAAAUCCAUCUGUUAUAUUCAUGGACGAACCCACGUCUGGUUUAGAUGCCAGAGCAGCUGCAAUAGUCAUGCGAGUUGUGAAAAAUAUUGUCAGUACAAGGAGGACUGUUGUAUGCACUAUUCAUCAGCCAAGUAUUGACAUAUUUGAAGCCUUCGAUGAGCUUCUUUUGAUGAAAAGAGGAGGACAAGUAAUAUACUGUGGAGAACUGGGUCAAGAUUCGAGUAAGCUUAUCCAAUACUUUGAGGGUAUUUCUGGGGUUCCAAAAAUCAAAGAUAACUACAACCCAGCAACAUGGAUGUUAGAAGUCACGAGUCCUUCUGCAGAAGCCAAACUUGCCAUAGAUUUUGCUCAGCUUUAUAGAGAAUCAGAUUUAUGCCAGAAGAACAAUGACCUAGUUAGAGAACUCAGCUUUCCAGUAGAAGGCUCAAAGGAAUUGAAUUUUCCUACUCGCUUCCCGCAAAAUGGAUGGGAGCAAUUUAAAGCAUGUCUCUGGAAGAGACAUCUCUCCUACUGGAGAAAUCCAAAAUAUAACCUGGGGCGAUUGUUAAUCACUGCUGCAUCCUCUUUGAUAUUUGGAGCACUUCUUUGGCAGAAAGGACAGAAAAUAAAUGGUGAACAGGAGUUCUUCAGCAUUCUAGGAUCAAUAUUUAUUUUACAACAAUGCAUUGGAAUUGGUAACAGUUCCUCAGUUUUACCAUUUGUCGCUUCUGAGCGCAAUGUUGUAUACCGAGAAAGGUUUGCUGGAAUGUACUCCUCAUGGGCAUAUUCUUUAUCCCAGGUGAUCAUUGAACUUCCCUAUAUUUUCCUUCAAGCAGUUCUGUUUUCGACCAUUACAUAUCCAACCAUUGGUUUCCACUGGUCACUUUACAAAGUAUUCUGGUAUGUGUAUGCUAUGUUUUGUACGCUGCUCUACUUCACUUACUUCGGUAUAUUGGUUGCUUCUGUGACCCCAACUUUCCAAGUAGCUUCAGUAUUAUCAAGUUUCUGCUACACAAUGUUGAAUCUGUUCUCGGGAUUCCUAAUACCUCAACCAAACAUUCCUAAAUGGUGGGUUUGGGGCUACUGGAUUUCUCCUUUAUCCUGGUCCUUGAAGGGUAUUCUCACUUCGCAGUAUGGGGACCUAAACAAGGAAAUAGUACUCCGGGGGGAGGAAAAGACUAUCAGUGCCUUCCUAGGAAGCAUUUAUGGGUAUAAAUACGAUGAUCUAGGAAUUGUAGGAAUUGUUCUUCUUGCAUAUUCACUAGUUUUCGCAUUUGCGUUUGCACUUGCUACAGAAAAACUAAACUUCCAGAGGAGGUAAUGAAGUCUUUCAAUUACUGAAGUUGAGUACAUGAACUUCCCUACACUUCACUACAAAGCCAUUGCUGUAAUAUAGUCUCGAGCUUAUCCGUAUCAUCAAUAACUACUAAUUUUUCUCAACUCCCUAGAGUUUUUGCAAUGACUGCAUCACAAAUCAUACUGGCCAUUUCAAACUUUGUUCAAGCUAGCGGUUUCUCCUAAUUUUCUUUUGUCCCAUUUUAGUACCACUAACAUUGGGCCUGUACGACUAAAAUUAGCUAAAAAAUGGUAAGAUGGUAACACUAUAUUGCAGAUGAUGCAGAAAAUAGUAAAAGUUAAUGAAUUUUCAUUCAUACAUAUGAAAGGUUGAGUCUUUGAUCAUGAAAAACAGCUCAAAAGCACAAAAGAAAUGGCAGAGCAAAAAUAAAACAGAAUAUACAGAAUUCAAGUAUAUGAUAUUGGCGACAGGUUUUAAAAUAAAAGAACAGUCAAAAUGAAUUCAAUUACCUUGCUUGGUCUUUGUUACUAGGCUAUGGCUAUUUACUGAUUUACUUCCCAGGAAUGAGAGGUUGAAGAAGACGAGAGAUAGUUCUUCCUCCUGGGGAAGCCCUCCGUUGCCUUUUAAAAGCCCAAGGCCCAAAUACCAAAUACCUGUUACUUCAUCCACUGUUCCAGCCCAAAUACCAAAUUUUUAUACUCCAAGAAAUACCGAAUUACCUCGGGUAAAAUUCUUGGUUUCAGGGUAAAUAAUUCACUUGGUAGAAGAAGAACGAGGUAUCAAACAAGUUGGAGGUUUUGUUAAAAAAAAAAUGUGGGAAUUUUCGACUAAAAGCGAAAUUGGAGAACAAUGAUCAAUGGUCAAGACUCCAAUUAAGGUUGAUCAGUUCGCAUAAUUGAUGUGGUAAAGCGCAUGGUGAGGUCAAGUCAUAUUAGUUAAAUAGCCAUGUCUCAUAAACGACAUCUUUGUACGUCAAUGUGGGAGCUAAUGAUUUCAAGACUUGAUAGAGAUCCUUUUCGUUUCAAAAUCAAACAAUUAUGCUUUACCUGAUGUCUGUGGUCCAAGAGAUAAUCCAAAUACCAAUCAAGGAUAGCCACGUUUCUUAAUAUGAAUGGAGCUGCACUCAUGUUUUCUUGCACACGAUCGAAACCAAGAGAUAUCAUUCAUUCUCUGCC